UAUAAUGGUGUAUUAUCAGUGCGGAAUGCCAGGAUAUUUGCUCAAAGCUCAAGUAGGACAGCAACCUACAAGGUGGAAAAACUUUGUGAUGAUGAGGAGGAAGGAGUCGCAAUGCUACCCCAAACUCUUCUGAACCCCCAAAACCCCAAAAUCUUCUCUCUUCUCUCCUCCUCUCCCCUUACUCUUCACACUCCUCGUAGGCUUUACUCAUUCCAAACCCUAACUUUCUUUAGAAAAUCUUCCUCUCUCGCCCUUGCUUCUCCCUCGUCCUCCUUUCAAUCCCCUUACCAACAAGAGGAAGACUUAGUGGAAGAAGAAGAAGUCCCAAUUGGCGACUGCUUGGUGUUCGAAGAAGGCGUAUUUGAAGACCCGUACCUUCAAGAUAACUUCGAUUUCAUUGCCCAAAAGCCCAAACACAAGAAACCCAAUUUAGAAAUUGAACCUGAGAACUUGGUUCCGGAAAAAUGGAAGGAGGUUCAGGAACAAAUCAAUAUUACAAAGAAAGAGAGACGCAAGAUUGCUCAGCAAUUGGAGUAUGGUAGUCGCGUCGAGAAGAGGAAGCAGGGUUUAGUACCUAUAAGUCAGGAGGAUUACUCAUCGUAUAGAGAGACUAAGUUGGCCCAGUUGAAGCCCCUUGUUCUUGAUAAACCCACAAGUUUUCCUGUGAAAGAGGAGGCGGCGGAGGCGGCGCCUGUGGAGGGGAACCCCAAUGAACCUACUAGUAGUCGAGUGGUGCCAAGGAACCCUCGGCGAGCAGUUUAUGGCGGCACUUUGGAGGAUAUUUCCGAGUUCUUUAACAGUGGGACCUAUCAACCAGGUGGUAAUGCUGCAACUCAAGGACCCCGUAAAUUGUUCACAAAGGAGGAAAAACUUCUGCUGAAUAAGCGGAUACCUGAUCUGGCUGCUGCUACCUCUGGCAAAUGGCUCCCUCUGCACACUCUUGCUGCAUCAGGGGAAUUUUACCUCAUGGAUGCUUUGUUGAAACACAACGUUGAUAUCAAUGCUGUGGACAAGGAUGGUUUAACUGCACUGCACAAGGCAAUUAUUGGCAAAAAGCUGGCCAUUACAAACUAUCUUUUGAGAGAAUCUGCAAAUCCUUUUGUUCGUGAUAAAGAGGGCGCUACAUUAAUGCAUUAUGCUGUCCAAACAGCAUCAAGUCAUGCAAUUAAGAUUCUUCUGUUGUAUAACGUUGAUAUAAACCUGCAGGAUAAUGAUGGGUGGACACCGCUACAUCUUGCUGUUCAAACCCGAAGAACGGAUUUAGUGAGGCUUUUAUUAAUUAAAGGAGCUGAUAGGACAUUAAAGAACCAGGAUGGCUUGUCCCCACUUGAACUUUGCCUGUAUUCUGGCCAAGACACAAGGACUUACGAACUCAUUAAACUGUUGAAGCAGCUUCCUCAGCAACGCUCUCCAAGCCCCUACAUUGCCUGACUGUUAAAUAACAAUAGGAUAUCAUUAACUACUUGUAAAAUUUUGCAAUGAUUAUUGUAAGACAAAUUUUUUGGGUCCGCCAUGGCCAGAAGCUGUUAUCAUUUAUUAAAGUGAUGGGAUCAAGUAUUA